AUGGGAGAAGCUCUCCCGGAGAGAAAGUCCAAAAUAUCUGCCUCCCGCAAGCUGAUGCUGAAGAGCCUGAUGGUGGCCAGGGCAAAGGAGGAGCUUGAGCAAGAGCUAGUGGAGAAAGAAGAGGAGAAGCAGAGGUACCUUGCAGAGCGAGCGCCCCCACUGAAAACCAGCAGCUUGUCCCUCAAUGAGCUGCAGGAUCUUUGUCGCGAGUUACAUACCAAGAUCGAUGUUGUGGAUGAAGAGCGGUACGACAUUGAGGCCAAAGUCCUACACAAUACCAGAGAGAUCAAGGACCUGAAUAUCAAGGUACUGGACCUAAGAGGGAAGUUCAAACGACCUACCUUGAGGAGGGUGCGGGUGUCUGCUGAUGCCAUCCUGCGCUCAUUGUUGGGCUCCAAGCAUAAGGUUUCCAUGGACCUCAGGGCCAACCUCAAGUCUGUUAAGAAGGAGGACACAGAGAAGGAGCGGCCUAUGGAAGUCAGUGACUGGAGAAAGAACGUGGAAGCAAUGUCUGGUAUGGAGGGCAGAAAGAAGAUGUUUGAUGCUGCCAAAGGUACCGUACAGUGA